UGGAUGUGUGCUAGGAGUUGGAAGAGUAGCCUCUCAUUUUGUUGGUCUCUGUUUCUAGGGUAUUUGCAAUUUGUGAAGAGAAUCGAGAGUUUUGGAAAUGCCGUGCCUCAAUCUGUCAACAAAUGUCAACUUAGAGGGUGUUGAUACCUCUUCGAUCCUCUCCGAAGCCACCUCCACCGUCGCCAAACUCAUCGGAAAACCCGAAGCAUAUGUGAUGAUUGUGUUGAAGGGAUCUGUACCCAUGGCUUUUGGAGGUACCGAGCAGCCAGCAGCGUAUGGUGAGCUAGUGUCUAUCGGGGGGCUGAAUGCUGAAGUAAACAAGAAGCUGAGCGCUGCAGUUGCCGACAUUCUUAGCACCAAGUUGUCUGUUCCCAAGUCACGAUUCUUCCUCAAGUUUUUUGAUGCAAAGGGCUCUUUCUUCGGAUGGAAUGGGUCAACUUUUUAGACCAUGUGUAUGUGGUUAAGAAUUGAAGCUUGAACUAUGGUCUGAAACAAUGGAUAUUAAAACAUUGACAGCAUGUCUAAGUAUGUUUCGACGUUGAUUGUGGUUCUCAUCUUUCUUGUGUUCAGGUGCAACUGUUUUAUUUCAUCUCCCAAACCCAAAUAAACUACCUAUGCAAAGAAUUAUAAUGUUAUGACU